AUGAAUUUGAAUACAAAUCGUGAUGAUUACAGUUCAAUGAGUACAUUAUCAUAUGUUCGAUAUUCACAAGAUAAUUUAGCAAGUCAUUCAAGAUAUGAUACAAGUGAACAAUCUUCAUCACAUUUAGUGAGUUCACUAGAUAACUAUGUAACUAUUGAUGCAAGUCGCGUACGAGCACAUGGAGAUGGUUUAUUACGUGCCUUUCGAAAUAAAAAGGCUACAUUUACAGUAGACACAAGCGACGGUGGUAAAGCUAUGUUAAAGGUAAGUGUAUUUGGUGCGAAAUCUCCAUGUGAAGAAGUAUUUAUUAAACAUAUUGGAAAUAAUCUAUAUAAUGUUCAAUAUACUCUUCGAGAAAAAGGUGAACAUAUAGUGGUUGUUAAAUGGGGUGAUCAACCUAUUCCAGACUCUCUAUGGCAUAUUGAAGUUGUUUAA